CCCAAACUAAUGGACGUCCAAAACCAGUGGCCCGAUCGUGUUUUGUUAAACAAAAUCGCAUCAAUGUAACAAGUUUGCCAUGGUGUAGACGUUACAUUCGUCCAUGUAACUACACUAGAACACAUGCUACUGUUGGUAGUGGAGAUUUUACAAUGACGUCUUUGAGAACGAUGCAUUACCUGUGACAUGAAGACCAGAUACCCCAUUGAAUUACCUAUGGAUGACAUGGACAACGAUGAGCCUUUCAUAUUUCGGCUGAACGAUAACGGAACCGGUCCCAGCUUACUCGUUAAGGUUUGUGCGGAGCGCGGGUGGCGAAUGUACCACGGGUACAGCGGAAACGAAGAGAGGUGGAAUCUUUGGUGGCGCACCAGCGCUUUUCCGGCUGGCUGCUACAAGACUCUCGGAGAUUGGCAGUUUAUGAAUCACAUACCGAAAGGUGGUUCAAUAUGUCGGAAGGACAGCCUUUCGCGACUACUGAGGUGCAUGAGACGAGUUUAUGGAUCUAUAUAUGAAUUCAGUCCGCCAAGCUACCACCUACCCUUAGAAUAUGCGAAAUUGGUAUCGGAAUGCUCCAGGCUUCGCAGAAAUGAAGAGGGAGACUCUGACGUCAUUUGGAUACAUAAGCCUGUAGCUCAGAGCCAAGGCCGAGGAAUUUUCUUGUUCAGAAGUGUAUGCGAAAUGAGAUGCGGAUCAUCGGCUGUGGUUCAACGGUAUAUAGAGCGACCGUUACUGAUCGCGGGCUAUAAGUUCGACCUGCGACUUUACGUGUGCGUGCCGGGCUACCGGCCGCUCACCGCGUAUAUGUACGCUGAAGGAUUGGCUAGAUUUGGCACUGACAAAUACACGGUAACAGAUAUUCACAAUCCGUAUCGCCACCUGACGAAUUCCUCUCUAAACAAGUCCGGCCCCCGUUUUGCUGAGUGCAAAGAUCGGAUCGGAAGCGGAUGCAAAUGGACAUUGAAGCAAGUGCGGCGCGCGCUAGUAGGCCGGUGGGGUGCAGCCGAGUGGCUGGUGUGGCAACGAAUCCGCGCCCUGGUCACACUUACUCUACUGGCGCAGGCGACCGGCACGCCACCCGCGAGGAAUUGCUUCGAGUUCUACGGCUUCGAUGUCUUGCUGGACAACUCUCUGAAGCCGUGGCUCAUCGAGGUCAAUCUGUCCCCAGCUUUGGGAGCGAGUUGCGAAGCCGACAUCACAGUGAAGCAGCCAAUGCUGCAUGAACUGUUCGACUUGCUGGGCAUGCCUAUGAGGCACACUGGGCUCGCGCUACUACGCGGACCUUCCCAUAUACACAAUUACAAUUCCGAGGACGAAGGCGCCGUGGCGCAGACAGCGCCGGCGCGGGCUGUAACCGCGGGUGCGGGCGCAGCUGGUGUGCGGCGCGGGCGCUGGCGCCGCCGCCGCCCGCUGCCCGUCCACUGCGUCACCAUAGUGCCGCCCGUGCCUAACUAUACGGACAUGACUGAAAAACCGAAGGAACAGAAUAGCGGAAGGUCCUGCAAAAUCCCUUCUGAGGGGACAGUUGAUAACUCCGAUGUUCAGUCAAAGUCCAGCGUGGCCGUAGCUUCCGAAAUGGAGGAGGCGUGUCGUGGUGGAUUGCCUACCACCACUGCGACCGCGACCGCACGGCGCAAGAUAUUGCGUGCGUGCUCGUGGGGCAACGGUGUGCGUUGGGACCGCGCCGUGGGCCGCGUUGGCGACUGGGUGCGCAUCUACCCGCACGUGCUGCCUGCUGAGGACCAAAUGCCCGUGGAAGAUGUGCGUGACAGCGUGGCGCAAGUGUCGAAGUUUCUGCGCGCCGCGCGUGAAGUGUACCGCGAGGAUGGGAGGGACGCGCGCGCACCGCGUGACGCCGCGCGCGACGCGGCGUUCCAGGGCGCGCUGCACAAGAAACUCGACUGCGGCAAGCACUUCCAAGUGUGGCUUCCGCCUUUCUAAUGUGUUCAUAGGUUACUUAUCUUAAGCGCAGCCAAUAAAAUGCUUGCUCAAUUCAAUUUGAUGUUAUUUUUUUUACCUAAAUACUUACUUAAAGAAAAAACUGCAUUUUCUUUAAGUUACCCGCACUGCUCCGCCACAUGCGCCAUAUCCCUCACAAGAUUGAGAGGUGACCCAAUAUAUGCCACGUAACAUAAUAAAGCAUAUAAAUCAUCCAUUCUUAUUUCUUAUGUAUACAUAUAAUAAAAUGGUAGGAAAAUCAAACCUGUACAUUGAAUAUUUUUUUAAAAGAAUACUUGGGGUGUGAUCUACAGUCUAUACCGAAGCCAAAAAUAGUUUUUAGAAUUUUUGUCUGUUUGUCUGUAUGUAUGUCCGGGAUAAACUCAAAAAGUACUGCAUGAAUUCACUUUAGGGUAUGGUCGCAAAAAAUUGUACAAAUAUCGUUUUCGUUUUGUCCUCAUUUUAUUUUUCUCAUAAUUUCGAAGUUAUUUUAUAAAUGUCAUUUGUUGAACAUUGUUCUGAAUGACGAGCUUCUGUUUAGAUUAUUUUGACGAAAUGUAACCUACCAUCCCUAAAAAAUAUAUGUAAAAAAAAUAUAAUUUGAAAAGUACUGCUUUCACUCCCAUACAAAAAUCGUUUGUCCAACUACAACCUUUGUAUCAAAAAUUGCCAAUAAUUCCGAAAAAAAAAUAGUUUUUUGUAAACAUUAAAUUGUACUCAUGCUUUAUGAUACUUUCUCAAUGUGUUUCUAAACGUGCUUAUUAAAAUAGCGUUUCAGUUACAUAUUUAAUUGUUUUUAAAAAAGUGUCCAAUUUUAUGAUGAGUGUGUAACGUCAUGAAUGUAACGUUUGUUUCUACCAGUUUCCUUUAUGUGAUUUGGUAAUUUUUGCCAUUUUCAUAAAUUGCAACACUAUUAAGCAAGACGCCAACAUUCAGAAAUAACAAUCGGCUAUAUUUUUCCGAAUAAAAAUCGUAAUUUGUGUUGACUUCAGAUUUGUCGCCAAAAAAUAUGGUUUUUUGUAUGUUUGAUUGCAAGGUAAGUACUGCUUGUUGUGGUAUACUGUUAACGUGUUUAGAAAGAUGUAUUAUCACAGAAAACGGUAACCCUAAGUCACAAUCCAUAGUUGUUUGCAAUUAAAUUAUAUUUGAAUUUUAGGUUCUGUCGCACGCUUUUUUGUGUCAUGAAUGUUACAAUGUGUAACGAAAUGUGUAACGUUACAAUCAUGACCGAUUCUAAGGCGGAGAUUACACUAUUUUACUUAAAAUAUAACCUUACCGCGACUUCGUCUGAGUUAACUUUGGUUUUUUGAGAAUCCUUUGAAUGUUUAUAUGUUCGUUACUCAAUCACGCAAAAACGGCUGAAUGGAUUUUGACGAAAUUUGGUACACAUAAUAUAUGUAUACUAUAUUGAGUAACGAACAUACAAACUUUCACAUAUAUAAUAUUAGUAGGAUAAAAUUAGUUAAAAAUAAAUAUUCCAGAUGCCUUUGACCAAUGCCGAAAGGCAAACAAAAUAUUGUGAAAAGUUACGAACCCAAAAUCCUUCGAAGUACGAAGAAAUAAAAUCAAAAAAUGCAGAAAAAAAUAAAAAAAGAAAGAAAACCACGGAAUGUACCGAAGAAAAUAAAAGAUUAAAAGAAAACAGUGGCGAGCCAGUCAAUAUCGUCGCAGAAUGAAGUCAAAAGAUACUGCGAAAAAUGAUAAUAUCACUGAAGUGUUAGUGCUGAAACUCAUGAAAACACAUUCUUGGUACGAAAACUACAAAGAAGAUGGGCUAACCAAAGAAUAUUAUAUGAAGAAAAAAUCUAAAGCCAAACGUUAAUCAAAAAAAUAUAAUAUCACCACCAUAGGCCUAGAACUAUUUAGUACCAGUAGAACUACUAUAAUAGGUUCUAUUAUGAACUAAGCUUUAUGAUGGUCAUGUAUGUAACGUUCUGUCAUGUACGUUACGUAUGUUACGAUGUCAUGAAUGUUAUUUGUACAAUUUUUUGCGAC